AUGGUCAUCUCGACAUCGUUCUCAAGCAGCGAGCUCUUGGCUUCGUUCUCUAAGCACUCGAUUGUUCCGGUCGGUGGCAUGAUGCAGGCACAUGUAGCUCAUUUGAGUAUGCCGUCGUCUGCUUCUAUGAUGACAUCGACACAUCAAAAGCGCUCACCGCUGUUGUGUGGCUACCCAAGCAAGAAGUGCUGGAGUUGGCGCGUGGAGAAACGCAAUGGUGAGCUUCACAAAUUCUGUGAAUAUCACCGUCAAAAAGCAAAUACAAAUCAACGUCGCAUGGAGCAACGUCGCAAACAAGGUCGCUCGGCCUCCCCACGUGUAAAGUGCAGCAAUAACUUGCGUCGCAUGCAUAAGGUUGUGGCCAAUGUUCAACGUGAAGUGGUCGUCAAAAUCGAGCAGUCUGCAUCUAUCCCAACGUCAAUUAGUCAUCCUAAGGUUGUGGAUAUUCCUGACUCUGGAAGCCCACGCGGCAUUGAUUGCAUGAGCAACAGAUGUGCUGUCGUCAAUGAUACCGCUAUGUUCUCGUGGAUGGAUGCUGAACUAGACAUUGGCAUCGGAAUGGAUGCAGCUGUGGAUUACAUGAUGGUAGACGCACCUGUUUUUGACAUGGAGCCAUCUGACAAGCCUGUGGACUUGUUUGAAGAAGACUUGUUUUUUCUGGAGCAUUUUAUCAACGAGAUCUCGAACAGUGCAGUUUAA